CUUCCCUCUCCCCCUCCCCCCUUCCCUGCUGCUGCUGCUGCUGCUGCUGCCGCCGCCGCCGCCACCGCCGCCGCUGCCGCUGCUUCUGUCUCGGGAGCAGGUCGUCCGUCUCGGCGAUGGGUUCUCGGGCCUCCACUUUGUUGCGGGACGAAGAGCUCGAGGAGAUAAAAAAAGAGACCGGCUUUUCCCACAGUCAAAUCACCCGUCUCUACAGCCGGUUUACCAGUCUGGACAAAGGGGAGAAUGGUACUCUCAGCCGGGAAGACUUCCAGCGGAUUCCAGAGCUUGCCAUCAACCCCCUGGGGGAUCGAAUCAUCAAUGCCUUCUUCCCUGAGGGAGAGGACCAGGUAAACUUCCGUGGAUUCAUGAGAACUUUAGCUCAUUUCCGACCAAUCGAAGAUAAUGAGAAAAGCAAAGAUGUGAAUGGACCAGAACCACUCAACAGCCGGAGCAAUAAGCUACACUUUGCUUUUCGAUUAUAUGACUUGGAUAAAGAUGACAAGAUUUCCCGAGAUGAAUUGUUACAGGUAUUACGCAUGAUGGUUGGAGUGAAUAUUUCAGAUGAGCAGCUGGGCAGCAUUGCAGAUAGGACAAUCCAAGAAGCUGACCAGGAUGGGGACAGUGCCAUAUCCUUUACAGAGUUUGUCAAGGUUUUGGAGAAGGUGGAUGUAGAGCAGAAGAUGAGCAUCCGGUUUCUUCAUUAAUAGAUUGGGACCAAAUUGUUCCUGACUGCCUUGUAUUUAAGAAGCGGAACUUGAGUUUUUCUCCCUCUCCCUUCAGAGUCCCUCCCCUCCCCAAGCGCUGCUGCUGUUGCAUGACACACCUUGCCCUGUUUGUGCCAGCACACACCUGCCAGCCUUGGUGUUAGAAGCAGGGCACUAAGUUAUGAAUGGUACACCUGGGCUCUCCUGCUCUCUUUGGUUUUUCCCUCCACAGUUCUCCAUUUAUCAAUAUUGCCUUUCCUUUGUGUGCUGCUGUCAGCUAUAAAUCCAUCAGUCUGAGAAAGAGAGGGAGGGAAGCACUCCCACCCAUCCCCAAAGAGCCAACAAAGCCCCUUCCCUGGAUGGAGACUGGAGCCAUACGUACGUUCUAGUCAGGUUUUAGCACUCCUUCUCGACUUUCUUUAAUGUCUCUACCCGCACGUAUGUAACUACACAGCCAAUCCUUCGGUCUCACUGUUCCUUUUUAUUGAGUCUCACCCUCCCUUGCUCUUCCUUCCCCCAAGCUACACCUAUCACACUCGCACAUCUCUGAUUUGUCGGGGCUUAUAAGGUUGGUGAAGUGGCCUGAUGGUUUUUAACCACUUUCCACUCCGAACUGAGCUUCUAGGACCUUGCCUCUCCAGGAUCUUUUGGGUACCUGCUACUCUUCCUUGGGCUCUUUAUACCGUGUUGUAGUUGAAAGACUGCAGGAUGGAGGCAUCCUUCCUGAAAACAAGUGGCCAGGGUGAGAGGUGGAGGUCAAGCCCCCUCUGAGUGUGCUCACUUAGGUCACCUCACCUCUGAUCUCUGACCUACAUGAUUACUCUUGUUAGUACAGUAUUUACCCUUCAGAAACUGGCCAUCCACCUGGAAGCACACUUGAUCUCUAGGCAUGUAUUAUUGGGAUGGCAUCUGUGGCAAUAUGUAUGUGAAAUUUCUCAUGGCUCCUUGGAAAGGGAGGCAAGCUUAGCAUCCCAAGAUCCUCGGUAUUGACACUUGCUGCAUGGUUUAUACUUCGAUAUUAUUACCCUGAAGUAUCUUAUAUUUUGAGUGUCCAAGCAGACAAAUUAGUGUUAAGGAAGUGCCUAACUUAUCCCAGACCAAGAGAUUUUAAGAUUGUCCUCAGUAUCUUGAAGUUUUGCACACAAAUUAAUUCUCUUUAAAAUUGACAUUUGCAAAUGAUUACGCUGGAAUUCAUAGCCAGCUUAUAUUACAGGUCCAAAGAGAUGAAUGUAUUGCAAAGUUAGCCUCCUGGUUAACUAGCUUCCUAGAUCCUCAUAUAUACUGCAGCAGAUUCUUCAGAAACGAAGGGUCUGGCACUGAUUGCACAUCCUGAGGUGGAUUUGUAGGUCCUUGAAAAAAGCCAGAGCAACUUCCCUGCCAAAGUCAGCUUAACUGAGGCUUCCCUGAAUCAGGCUGUGCCAUGCUAACUGUUGUAUGAGUUGAUUCAUUUCUGUAUCUGCCCUGGACUGGCUUUUUCCUGGUUCCUUGCUUGCUUAUUUGCAUCAGAAGACUGAUCAAGGUGUACAUGGGAUUCUUUGGCAAGGUACCUUGCUUACCUAUCCUGAAUUUUAGAAUGCCAGGUGGAAAAAUGAGGUGGGUCAGAUGGGGCAGUGUAGAUGCAAAUUGCCAGUGACUUUCUCAUGAAGGAAUGAACCUAGAUUACUGCUCCAAUGAUGUAAUAUAGGAAUUGUAUAAAAGGGAAGAAUUGUCCAGUGUGAUCUGUUAGAGAGGUACUUUAGUGGCUUCAUGACUUGCAUAUUUAAGGUUCUUAAGGAAAAAAAAUGCAUUUUCCCCCUUUGGCUGUAUAGCAAACUGUUUUAAUCCACGGUUGUGCCUUACUGUUCCAUUAAAAUUGUAUUCUUUGAUCCAUCAAUAAAUACUUGUGGCUAAAACAAAUAAACAGCUCGUUUUAGA